AUGAAAAAAAGCGCACAGAACCAGGAAUGUUGCGCUUCAAACGACGAGAUGCAGGCUGAUAUGGCGUGCAAGGAAACAGAAGUGGCAGCGACAGAACAAAUUCAGGCUGAACAAUCUUCGCCGGUCGAUGGUAAAUCCAAAGAUAUCGAUACUUCUCCAAACGGAGAGAGGACCAGUGAAUCUUCCUAUGGAACGGAAAAUUCGGUGUUGUCUUCCCAUCAGAGUCUGCAAGCGUUGCAAGCGUUGAACAGCGUGAACGAGCAAGAAAGUGAUGAAACACGAAGUAUAGAGGAAAUAGAGAUCGGGUUGUAUGAACAAGGACCAUUAAAUGAAAUAGCAAUUGAAGAAAAUGAUCAUGAAAGCAUUCGAGAAUGUGACUCGAGUUGCAGCAGCCCCCUUUUAAACGGUCAUGUUGUUGAUAGUGAUGUUCACAUCACAACAGAAAAAUCGCAGGAAACUCAUUCAGGGACAAGUGACAAGGAACCCAAGGAAAAUGGAAGAUAUUUUUCAUUAUUCUGUAGGAAAUCCCGCACUUCACCGUCAAAAUCGAACAGGUCCAAUGGAGAUGUAAUUAUUAAUAUUGACGUUGAAGAAAUUUCUAUCCAUGAGUCUCCUCGCCGCAAGUCGAAAUACUCUCUAAACGACCGUUUGAAGGGCUGGUUUCAACCCAUGGACAAUAAAAUGAACAUGAAAGUUUUCGGGAGUAGAAGAGCCUUAGCAGACGAACUUAUACGUUACAGUAAAGUAGGAUGGAUUAUACAUCCAACAAGUGCAUUCAGGUCAGGGAAUAAUUAUUGUUUGCAAACUAUGUUAUUGUUAUGUUUUUGCCCUUUAGUUUAUUUUCGUCCCUAAUGCUUUUGAUGCCAUUUCUAUUUACUUUGAUUGAUCGUUCGUUUUCUCUACCAAGGAACAUCCUUUAUUGUGGCUUAAAUAUUGAAGACAGGAAGUUCGUUACUGAAACACUGUUUUGUGACUGCAUUUCACGCUGAAUAAUGUAAACAAAAACUCCCUCACUUUUCUUUAAAAGGGUGGAACUUGUCACAUCGAAACACAUGUAUUUUCCCACUUGCCCCACAAAAACCUCAACCCUUAUUGGAAAUAACUAAACAUCGUUAGAGGAAUUUCAUUUGCUUGUGAUUCGCUACGCUGUGAUUACUUCAUGUGGCCGAUUUCCGUCUCCGGCUUUAGUUUAAAUUUUAAUGAAGCUCUAUUUGCGUACAAACUAGUUCCUUUAUUACGGUUUUUUCCCUAUGCAAAUCGAAAUAGUCACUUAAAAAAACCUGUGAAAACUCGCUGUCCUCCUUUGUUAUUUCGCUUUCACCAAGUUUUUUUGGUUAACAACCUCGCAAACAGGUGAUUUUUAAAUGCUCUUCUUGUCGCCCUUUAAUAUUUUUCUUGCCUUUUUUUUUUCUUUUUACACUCCAUUAGAGUCGGGAUUAAACAUGAAAAUUCAAAAGAAAAAAAACAUGUGUCUGCGAAGCAGGCUUCUGAGAGCUAUUGAUGAAUUGUUUAACGAAUUUCAUUUGCGGCCAGGCAGAGAUUUUAUGAAGUGAUGAUUUAUCAUGAUUAAAUCUUUAAGUCAUAUUGCCAACAAGGUAGCCUGUCAAAUACCCUUGUUUAAUUAACGAACCAAAGGAGUCGAAACGUUUCGAAAAGUUACUCAAGUAGGUUGCAAAUUGCUUGUACGGCGGAUUAGACAUAUUUACCAAUUUUAAAAUAAAAUUUAGUUUAAAUGGUAUGAGGUUAUUUUCAAGAGGACUAGGGUAUAUGUUUACAGAUUGUUUAGUCUGAGGGGAAAGAUUAAAAAUAGCGUAGCACGUGUUACAAUUUUUUUGUGUUUGUUUUAUGUUCAUAUUUUAUUCGGUGAAAUAUGAUUUACGCUCAGAUAUCGGCUGAGAUUACGAGACUUUUUACGUAAGUUUAUUUCUCUCGUUUUUUGGUCGUUUGUAGUAAAUAUUGAUAACACACACUGUAUCCACUCAUAAGGAAAAUCGAUCAUUGCUGUUGAUGUAAAGAACUGAACGCACCGCAUAAUUAAACUAAUGAGCAGGUCGUGAGGUUUCAUGAAAAGGUGAAACUUGUUAUGGAUCAUGAUUGAUUUUCUGAUGGUCCCAGUGAUUCGAUCAGCACUUUCUACAGGAGUCAUAUUUUCUUUAAUUGUACACUCCCGUUAUGUAAACUUAAUUUAAAAGAGCCCUGCUUUUUACCCUUUAUAUAUAGUCUGUGCGCUUUGAAAACGGAAGAUUAAAAGUUCAGUGCUGAGAACGGAAUGGAUCGUAAAGAAAAUUUCAAACGUCGAGUUAUCCCGUAAAGAGAAAAAGGCGACCCGUUACACACUUUGCUUCGCUAACGAAAAUUUUUCAUGGGUAGUCCAGUUUAAACUGUCAUAAAAAAAAAUGAUACUCAAGUUUUGCAUAUUGAAACUGUCUUUCGAAUCAUUCGGGUCAGUACUUCCUUCAACACAGAAUCAACAUUACAUUCAAUAACGAAUUCCAAAAAUUGCUCAAGAAAUUUAUGCUUAAGCAAGUCAUUGUUCCUUUUGAUGCCCUUCAAUUGUAGCCUUGGCGCCUUAUUAAAAGUCUAAUGACAAAGGGAAGCAAAACGAUGUGCCCAAUGAAAAUUUGAGUGCUGUAAAUUAGUUUUUUCCUUAAUGCUCUCUCUUUGUAUUUUAAAACCUUAGUUAUUUUAAAGGGAUUAUUGGUAAUGGGAAUUCGUGUUCAAGAGAAUCCGUAUUUCUCUAAGCGCAUGCAUGUUUGCAUGCUAUACAACAUGGGCGUUAAGCCAAUAAGUGCGUAAGUAACUUUAUUUCAACUCUGGUUGAUGUGGCUGAUUAAGGCCCUAGCAGUACAUUCUAACACGCCGAGAAAAGUAAAAGAAAAUAACAAAAAAAAAAUAGUUCAGGAUAUCAAAAAUGAUUAGUUAAUGACUGACUUUCUAACAAAUUUAACUAAGUAAACAAUCCUAGCUCCAAAAAUUACAACAAAGGGAAAAUCUAAGACUCUACAUUACAAAUGUAGCUCUCUUACAGCAUUCUUAAAUUCCCUAAGAAUCGUCGUUGAGCGUAAUACAUCCGGUAAUUCCACACUUUGGCACCAGUUUUAAACUGUAAUCAAAUUAUAUGCUUUUGGGAACAAAAUCUGUUAAAAACUGCAUCUUCUCCAACUUGGGGCUUCGUUAUUCAGUAGUUAGUUAUUUAGGCCUAAAUUGUGCAAUGUUUUGUUAAAAACGGUAAUUUUCGUCUGAACUUUCUUUUAAGCCUUCGCUCGCUACAAUUUCUUUAAUUUUAGUUUAUCUACCAGGAAAAAUUUGUCACAGUACAAAAGGGAUUUAUUUUAUACGCAUUCUGUUCAUGGCAUAGUGUUUUAAUCUCAGGAACUGCCCAUAGAAACCUUUAACAUUUUUUUUAAUGCUUGAACCUGACUUCAAAGUUGGCUAAAAUCACGAGUUUGUUUUUUUAAAAAACAACCAGUGGGCUCGCGGAAACUUAAGCCAUUUUGGCACAAAAAACGCAUUCGAAAACGAGGUUUUACCAAAAUAUGUGGCAUAGUGACAAUAACAAGACACGUUAGUUUUUUACUCUGGAAGGGCUUAUUGAUUGGUUUUUCCUAAAAGCGAUAACUAAGCACAAUUGUUGUUAGCAGAAAGUACAUUGAUUCCGACGUUGACAUUUCCUUCGCAUCUAGAUAAAAGCCUGAUUCAAGUCCUGUCGUUGCACGCGUGUUAGAAUCUAAGAUUCUCAGUGAAAAUAAAUAUUUCACAACUUUUGCUUUAACUUAAAUUGUCAUUUUGAUCUCUUUUAAUUUUCAGGCUCUACUGGGAUCUUAUGCUUCUCUCGUUGCUGAUCGUAAAUAUGUUCGUUCUUCCGGUGGCGAUUGCUUUCUUCAAUGAUGAUAUGAGUCCUUCUUGGAUUGCUUUUAACAGCAUUUCUGACGGAAUCUUUCUCUUGGACAUUGUUUUAAACUUUAAAACUGGUGUGCUUAUUCACGGUACACCCAACAAGUUUAUUCUAGAUCCGAAAAAAAUCGCGAUACGGUAGGUAAAUUUUUCAAUACUUAAAAAUUUAUUUUUCUCAGUUGACGUUUUCUUGGUUUUUUUAAGUUUGUUUCACUACUUACUGAUAAUUUCAUAUAAAAUAUUUAGAUUGAGGGCGGGUCAUCUUUUAUUAACAAUGAUCUUUCUCGAUUUCCAAGAUAACGUGUUCAAUUAAUAGGUCAAACACCUUUACUGCCAAACAACAUGUUCCUCUUUGUAUUUUGAUUUCCAAACCACGCCUUAAUAAUUUAAACAUAGAUUUCUUUAACGACAAAAAUGAGCUGAGAAAUCGUUACUUUCCAAUGACAUGCGAAAAAAUAUUUUUAGCGCAUUUGUUCGGCUCUACUUUUCCCUUGUCAACCCUUACCAUCAUUUUCACGUCUUUCCGUUCUGUUUCGGAAACAAAUUAGAAGAAACCUCAUUCUCUGACUUCACCCGUUUGACAUUUAUUUUAAAUACAGAGUUUUCAAAUUGAUUUAUCUAUGAAACAUCCGCCCAUAUUUUAAGCAAAAUAAUACCGAAAACAGUGUUUUGUGGGAGCAAUGUUGUUGCUGUUGUUGUUUUUUUUAUUUUUACGGAACUACCUCUUAAUGCUUUCUGAAAUUUCUAAAGGGUAUUUUUGAUAUUUUCAAGCUCUUCUCCCUCCCUCCUUUGAAUGUCUUUGAAUUCACGCAAGCGUGCAACACGCGUGAUCUCGUCACUGAGCUAAUUAUGUCUACAAAGGUUGAACUUGAAUCUGAAGUUCGCACUAGUUUUUCUUGAAAAGUGGAUUAUUUUUUUGUUUGCCAUCUCAAACUUGCAGCUGUGCAGAGUUAAAGACUUUAAGAGGCUCUACUAACAGCUAAAUUUUGUAUACUUUUCGUCAUACACGGCGGCACGGUGAAAACGGUUUUGCUAAACAACGGCUAAACUUUGUUUAGAUUAUCAGGCCUUACACUUUGCAUUUUAAUCAUCCAAGUAAUUCCAGAUAAGAACCACAAGUGGUGUCAUUUUCACAGGUACGCUAGGACAUGGUUUCUUAUUGAUCUGGUUUCUUCGUUCCCGUUUGAUUACGUCGUUUCCUCGGCGACAAGCUCGGGUUCCGGACGAUUGUUGAGCGCAUCCAGGGCAUUGCGCAUUCUACGCAUGGCAAAACUUCUAAGUUUGUUGCGCUUGCUCAGAAUAUCACGUCUUGUACGUUACGUUCAUCAGUAUGAAGAGGUGUGUGAAAUUUUCCUCAAAGCCUUUGUCAUUUAUGUAAAACGAGGAAGUUAUGUUGGCCUGGACUUAGGAACGUUAGGACAAGGGUUGGAGCUCUUUUUGGAGGUCCUUCUGUUUUGUUCUUGUAAGGGCUUCAAAAUCUGCCCUUCCAAGGCCUACCUCUCUCACCCUCUAGGAGUGUAUAUGGGUACAGGCAAACUUUCAGGGGAAACCUAAUGAAAUGCUGGAGGGGGAGGGGGGUGUCUUGAAUGGACUAAUUCCAAUCCAGAUCAGGAGGAACAACUGUCCUAGAAGCCGUUUCAUACUCAAUAACAGGGGCGAGUUUUGGAAGAUUUGUGAGCCAGUCUCAUCUAGACUUCAACAAACUUUCGGUGAACUAUUUCUAAUGAUCGACGUAAUGUGAUAUAUUUCUCGCAAUGAAAAUCUAUAUAUCUGCUGGAAAGCAUUUCCUGUGUGUUUCGUGUUGGAAAGUUUCGUAACAGAGGAAAAAAUAAAAUAAGAGAGAUAGAAAGCUUUAAUCUCGGUUAAGAAAUAGAGAAAGAUUGAUUUUUUCGUCUUGUCACGAGCGUGGGACGAGGAAAAAUUUUUGAUUCACCGUGAGGAAUCGAACCUCAGACCUUCUGAUCCGCGCUUCGAGAGGAAAAAACUGUCAUUUUUUUUUUCACAGACAGGACAAUUUUAACCAUGUUCUCACGUUUUUCUUCAUAUCUGGUAAAACUUGGAACAGGUUUUAAAUGUGACUCGCUCAGUUAUCCGGUUCGUUAAUCUGAUAAGUCUGAUGAUGCUGGUAGCUCACUGGAAUGGUUGCAUGCAAUAUCUCGUACCAGUCCUCAACGAUUUCCCGGCGAACUCGUGGGUUAUAAUUCAUGACUUACGGGUAAGUAUGGUUCACAAUUUUAAUAGAAGUCUUUAAGAUGAUUGACAACUAGCUGCAGACACAACAAAAUGAUCAAAAUAAGCGAAGAUUAUCGAUUUAACCGCAUCUUUUUGUACGUAAUUCGUUUUCAUCGGUAUGUUACUGGUUCCAAUCGAUUUUAUGGGCCACCGCUAUACAGGAGACACUGAUGAUCCUGAAAUUGUAAACAUUAAUCGCAAAAAAGAGUUCGAAUGAGGAACCGCUAUCGGAAACGGACACCGCACAGAACUUGCCUUUAUCACUGUGCACCAACCCCAGCGCCAAUCUUACAUUCACAGCAAAAAGUAGAGAAAACGUAACACGGCAAUUGCUUUUAUAUUUACUCAAACUUGCAGCCGACGACUUUCAAAUGCUUCUGUCGUUACAAUAACGCAUGGAAAAUCAAUUUCAUUUCUAAUGCAAAGAUUUCCAUGUUAAUUUGAAUGUUCUCCUCUGGUCAUUUGCCGAGCCAUCAUUUUUCGUUUGGUGUAACCAAAACUUUUAUCGUCGGCCAGGAGUCGAUGACUCAACGCCUUCCUUUCCCCUGCACCCAAAACAUACGACUUUAACGUUUUCUUCUUUUUCGUUUAGGACAAGGCAUGGACGGAGCAGUAUUUAUGGGCUCUUUUCAAGGCUUUAUCACACAUGUUAUGCAUCGGAUAUGGAAGACAUCCUCCUCAAAACAUUCCAGAGACUUGUGUUACAAUUACCAGCAUGAUGUCUGGUGCCACAUUUUACGCGCUUUUUAUUGCUUAUUCCAUAAACGUUAUCCAGACCAUGGAUUCCCCGAGUCGGCAUUACAAGGAAAAGGUAGGAAGGACUGACUGAUCCAGAUAUUGGAUACUUAAAACUGACUUAGUUAUUGACGCACAUUUAAUAGAGUAGUUUCCAGGUUGAUUGAAUGACUGACCGACUGACUGACUGAAUGAAUGAUUGGCUGACUGACUGACUGACUUACUAACUGACUUACUAACAGAGUAAGCCCUUACUUACUGACAGACUGCUUGACUGACUGACUGAUUGGCUGACUGACUGACUUACUGGCUGACUUACUGAGUGACUGACUGACUGCCUGACUGAAUGGCUAACUGAUUCAUUGAUUGACGACGGACAAUUAGACUGGACUGAAAUAAGAAUAAAAAUAGUUUUUAAUCGAAUCGGAGUGAACUGAAUGAAAUACAACGAUACUGAAUGACUUACUGCCAACUGACUAAAUGAAUGACUGAAGUCAUUGACACGAAAAACGGUUGGUUAUUCAAACUGCAGUGUAUUAUUUCUUAUUUUUAGAUCCAACAAAUUGAGGAGUAUAUGGCUCACAGAAGACUGCCUGUUCAUCUAAGAGAUAAAAUUACCAAGUAUUACGAGCACCGAUUUCAAGGAAAACUUUUUGACGAGGAGAAAAUACUGUCUGAAGUUUCUCGGCCAUUGCGUAAGGUAGGAAUGAAAAGUGAUUCACGAAUAAAUUGCAAAACCAAGCCGUUCUAUACUUAUUCGAAAAGAUGUAGUAACAUUUAUCAGUGUAAGAACUACUACGGCUGAGGAUGGAAACGAUUUACACGAAUUGCGAAUGACGAGUUAGGUUCAAGUUACAGGACCAAAAACGUAGCUAUUUUCUAAGAAUACGAGCAGUCCCUCCUUUUCGGCAAACUCCGUCCAAACGAAAAAAAAAGGAGUCUAGCGCGCGGCGCGGAACUCUUUCUGCGCCUCACUCCCAGAGUUCCACGCGGUGCUAGCAAAUUUUUUUUGGGACUUGCACAAUGGACUUCAUUGAAAAGGAGGGUCUGCUAUUUUCUUUAAUAAUACUACCAUUUCUUUCUCAUCGUCAGGCAAUUGUCAAUUACAACUGUCGCGAGCUCGUCCGUGCAGUUCCAUUUUUCUAUGAUGCUGAUCCAGAUUUUGUGUCAGCCAUUAUAACCAAACUCGACUUUGAAGUGUAUCUGGAAGGUGACGUUAUUAUACGUGAAGGGGAACUUGGAACUGAGAUGUAUUUUCUUAAAUCUGGGGUAGUGAGUGUCUCGUGUGAGGGAGUUAGUACAGAUGAUCUCUCUGAUGGCGCAUAUUUUGGAGGUGAGUUUAAAACAACUGGCAUUUACGCUCUCGAUUAUCUCGAGCUCAAGUGUAAUAGUAAAAUCUGCAAAUCCCAGAACUCGUGUGAAAAAAGACGACGAUGUAAAUGUACGUUAGGCCAUCUAUACAAUAAAGCUAAAUGGGAUGAUUCAGUCUUCUAGCUUGAUCAUAUCUACAAUGAACUGCUUUGAAAGACUCUUGCCCUUCCUUGGACAGCGAAGGGAUUUAAAAUCUACCAGUGCUUAGUUUUUUGAAAGGGCGGUAACACCACACAACGGAUAAAUCGCUGUCUUACGAACAGGUGUUUACAAAACGUACAGCACUAUCCUCCAGAUAGGGAUUUAUUCAGCGGAUAUCCUUAACCAUCCUUCGACGCUAAUUUACAAUUAUUAAAACGAAUGCCCAUUCAUUAUUAGCUUAUCUUACCUUUCAUUAUGCAGACACCAUUGUAUAUUUUUCCCCUCUCCCGAGAUCAAAUGGAAUAACCUAGAUCAAAACUUUGACUAAUUUCUUUCUAUUUUUUAUAUCAUUUUUGCCAAUGAUCUUUUUUCUCAGAAAUCUGCCUUCUGACACACGCAAGACGCACUGCGACUAUCGUGGCAAAGACUAUGUGCGACAUAUUUAUUUUACACGCCGAAGAUUUCAGGGAGGUCGUGGAAGAAUUUCCAGAAAUGCGACACGUUAUGGAAUCAGUGGCAUCGGAAAGAUUGAGCAGAAUGGGAAAAUCAGUCGACUUUUCAAACUCCGCUUGUCCUUCCAGAGAGUGUUUACUUGCCAAACUUCAAACCUCAGCUUCCAGACGGAGCAGUAUUUGUUGUAGUUGUACGAAUUUACUUCAACCCCGAGAAAAUAAUCCGGAAAUUGUCAUCACCAGAGAAGUUUCGUCAGACGAUGACAAUAUAAUAAAUUAG